UCGCCAGCUGAGAGCUGACAAAUGCUGUUCUUGAAAUGUUGCGCAGUUUACGCGUGUUCGGGAAAGUGCAGGGAUUUUUGAUCCUGUUGCCUGACACAAAUCUAGUUCUGAGUUUUAGGGUACAAGAGUUAGAUUGGCUCUUGACCAAGAUGCUGGGUGGGACUCACUGUUGAAUUGGACAUUUGUAAAGCCCCACACUCCUUCCUGUUUGGUUGCUAUGGAGCAACCACUGGGGGACUCUGAUGAUUUACAGCCACAGGACCUUUCCUCUACCCGCAGCCUUCCCGCUGUGAUGGACCUGACCAGAAAAGGUGAGGAAUGCCUCUUGAAAGCCAACUCCAUGGAGGCCCUACGGGUGGUCAAGCCUCCCAGCUGGUACCCAAACUUCCCCGAGACUGACCACGACCACAGGCUUCAACCAGUAGACCAGAUACAGCCGGACAAUGCUUUCUCCAACACUACAGUCACUCUCUCAUAUGUGAGCCGGUCUCAUGUCUUCUCCCAGCAUCCCUCUCUCUCCCAGCAUCCCUCUCUCUCCCAGCAUCCCUCUCUCUCCCAGCAUCCCUCUCUCUACGGCGUCCCGUCGAUCAGCAGGUUCUCAACAAUGGAUGGCUACCUGCAGCAGGUGGAUAGGCCUCUGGGCUUAGCACCUCGGUCGGAAAUACUUGACUCUAUCCCUCCGGCCCAGGUGGUGGGUGAGAAUGUCGCAGGGGUGUGUCUGAUGCAGCAGUCUUAUGAAAUCAAUGGCCAUCGAGUUGCCAGUAACGGAGGAGUGGAGAAAUACAAGCCUCAACAGAGAGGGAGUUCAAUGAAACACACUCUUUCUCAGGACACGGUCAACAAUGGAUUGCAGAAUGGCCAGGGUAGUAGCAGCUGGUCCAACUCUGCCAUCUGUGUCGAUUCCUCCCCAGAGUCUCUCACUACAGACAUGGAGGAGGGUCAGAGGGCUUCAGAGGUUCUCUUUCUCAUCUCUAGAACAGAGGAGCCGGUCCUGAUGCAGGACAGCAGGAGUCCCAGGGACCUGUGUUCUCCGAAUAGGGACUAUAUCAGUCCUCUGGAGGACCCGGUCUCUCCCUCUGUCUCACUGGACGACGUAGAGGAUGGGCUCAUUCUGCCUCAGGCCUCCUGCUCACACUGCGCUUACAAUUAUUCACCAGACCACACGGCUGAUACCCGCUGGGAUGAGCUGGGGAGAGGAGGACCUGGGCUGUCUGCAGUACAGGGGACAAGGUCUAAUGGCGAGAAUAUACCAAGGUUAGAUUACAGCAAGGACUUCCAGCAGCCAGGACAUAAUCCCAAGGCAGCUUCGGAGACUAUUGUUGAUUUGACAGAAGACGGGAGCAUUGUACCAGAGGUUUCAGAAAAGAACCCCGAGCAGACAGCUGCUACUCACCUGAAUGGUAAUGUGAAGGCAGAGCAGACAGCUGCUACUCACCUGAAUGGUAAUGUGAAGGCAGAGCAGACAGCUGCUACUCACCUGAAUGGUAAUGUGAGGGCAGAGCAGACAGCUGCUACUCACCUGAAUGGUAAUGUGAAGGCAGAGCAGACAGCUGCUACUCACCUGAAUGGUAAUGUGAGGGCAGAGCGGAAGACUUCUGAGAGGAAACAACUCCCCCCUCGCUCUGGCAGGGGAACCAGGUUAGAGGCCAUAGUGAUGAACAUAAACCCUAACUGGUAUAAAGUGUCCACCAAGAAGCCCAAGCGUCAGACAAACCCCCUGACCCAGAGCAGUCCAUCUAAAGCCGGUGUUAGUCCUAACAAACAGACCUCGUGUGUAGUGAAGAAGAAGAAGAAGGUCCAGAAUAAAGCAGCGUCUAGCUGCGAGGGAGAGACUAAAGUACAGGCAGCAGUAGCCUCACUGACCAGUCAUAUGGAUAAUAUUUACACAAACGCAGACAGUUGCAUAGAGUCUACCUCAGAUUCAGAACACGGCCGUUUUUCAAAAUACCCACACAACCACAGCACAUCUCCAAUAACCUCCAGUCUGCCCUUUGCUCCAGACAAAGACUCAGAGAAGGAGUCGGAACACAGAGAGUCAGGUCCCGAGCCCUCCUCUAAGGUGGAUUUACUGACCCUAUCACCGUCACUUAAAACAUCUCCAAAGGAACCCGGGAAGCAUAAAGCUAAGACUACAAGCAGCGAAGCAGCUGCUCCCACAGCCAAAACAAGGAAGGCGGCCCCUGCUCCCACAGCCAAAACAAGGAAGGCGGCCCCUGCUCCCACAGCCAAAACAAGGAAGGCGACCCCUGCUCCCAAGAAGAAACGGAAGAAACCCAGACUGGACCAGUUCUCAAUAUUCUCCCCUCAGGAGCCUGAGAUCAAACUGAAAUACAUCAACUACAAGGAGGAGAAGAGGGACAUGAGGGUGGACACGUUCUCUCCUUUCAUCCACAUAGAGCAUAAGCCCUCCUCCACCUCCCACGCCAACUGUACUGUCAUCAACUACCCAGAGGAGGAGAAGCCCAGGCAGAAUGGCCAGGGGCAACAGCAGGCUGGAAGUUCAGGAUCCAGGGGUUUCCUCCCAGGGGCUGUACCAUCCACUUCCUGCCUCCAGCUGGGCCGCAUCUCCACCCACAGCCAGCACCACAGCUCCCUGGUUUGCUGCCUGUGUGGAGGCUCGGCUAACGCCAUGGACCUUGGGGACCUCCACGGGCCCUACUACCCUGAGGGAUACAGACCCAGCACUGAAGCCCCAGCUAGCAAACCAGGCCUCAAAGAAGAGGAGGAUCUCAGUGACUCUGACUCAUCCUGCAGCGUGAGAGGCCGGGGCAGAAAAUGUGAGAGGCCCCCGGGGGUCCCCUGGCCCCACAAACCUGACCCCCGACUGAAACAGGAGGGCCUGCUGGGGAGGUGGACCAGUGACAGCGACCUCUCAGGCAGCCCUGGAGCUAAGAGGGGCAGGAUUGAGGCUGGGCCUUUGGUAACAUCUGGGGCCAGGACUGCAGUGGAUGACUGGUACAUUCCCCCUGUGGUGCCUCUGGACCAGUGUGAGUACUGGCUCCACGAGGACUGCAGCAUCUGGUCUACAGGUGUGUUCCUGGUGAAGGGAAGGCUCUACGGCCUGGAAGAGGCAGUCAAGGUGGCUCAGGAGACGACGUGUUCUCGCUGCCAUAACCCAGGUGCCACGUUGGGCUGCUUCAUCAAAGGAUGCCCCAACAAGUAUCACUACAGGUGUUCUCUACAGUCAGACUGUGUCCUCAAUGAAGAGAACUUCUCCAUGAAAUGCACAAGCACAAGGUAUGGACGGUUGAUUUAAAUGACUGCUAGUUUGAUCCUUACCAAGACCAUCUCAUUCACUCGCUCAGUUGCUGUCAGUGUUUUCUGUCUCACUGUACAAAGAUGUCUUUUUUGAAAGAGAAUUUUGCUGACAUGGAACUGACAAAUUAGCAAUCCUCCAUUUUAUGAUUUGUGUAUUACUAGAUGAAGUAUGGCUUGUCUUCUAGUAAAGCGUUGCUUCAUGCUGAGGCUGACUACACAGCCCUACUGCAUCAUGUACACAGUCCUACUGCAUCAUGUACACAGUCCUACUGCAUCAUGUACACAGUCCUACUGCAUCAUGUGUACACAGUCCUAGCUGCAUCGUGUAGACAGCCCUACUGCAUCGUGAGACAGCCCACUGCAUCGUGUAGACAGCCCUACUGCAUCGUGUAGAC